CGUCCUCGUCCUCCUUCUCCUCUCCUUCCGCUUCGACCAAGCUCACCGUUCACUCCCCUUCCUCUUCCUACCCGUUCAAGUCACCAACUCCACCAAUACCACCAUCACCACCAUCUUCAGCGCAGUGCCGCCUCAGUCCAGCACACUAUUCUCCCCACCCCCCACCCCCCCACCCCAAGCUCUCUCCACCACCUCCCAUGGCGAAGAAAGCCAUAGCCCCUGCUCACACUCCUGCGAGCGAACCACCAUCCCUGAAUUCCAGCACAGUGUGCGACAUUACUGAUGGGAAGUGGGUGUACGACCCCAAGACGUACCCACUAUACAAUGAGGAUCGCUGUCCUUUCCUCAGUGACCAAGUGGUGUGCUUGAAGAACGGCCGGCCUGACUCCGGCUACCAGCACUGGCGAUGGCAGCCCAGAGGCUGUACUCUCCCUAGGUUUGAUGGUCGUCUGUUGCUGAAAAGACUGAGAGGGAAGCGUGUUUUGAUCGUUGGUGAUUCUCUAAACAGGAACCAGUUUGAAUCUUUUUGUUGUUUGCUCUACUCUUCUGUCAAGAGGCCUUCUCGCGUUUUGCUCCGAACGUCAAGCUCUGACUACAAGAUCUUCCAUGCUAAGGACUACCACCUCAAGGUUGAGUACUACCGGAGUCCAUUCUUAGUGAUGCUUGAUGAAUCAAAUGGCAAGAAAGUGUUGAAGCUUGAUAAGGUUUCAGACUGUGCAAGAAAAUGGCGAGGUGCAGAUGUGAUGGUGUUCAACACUGGUCACUGGUGGACCCACUAUAGGAACUACCUGAAAGCGUGGGAUUAUUUUGAGCAAGAUGGCAAGGAAGCUAAGAUGGAUUUAGAUGCAGCAUAUGCAGCAGCGUUGAAGACAUGGGCUCGCUGGAUUGACCGCAAUGUGGAUCCUGUAAAGACAAUGGUCUUCUUCAGGAGCGCCAACCCUUUGCACCAACCGGUGAGUAAACAAUGGUGCUUUAACCAAACCAGCCCGAUGACCAACGAACACUACAGACAGUGGUUUCCCAGGUCCAUGAUAUCUACGGUGGAGAGGACAAUCAAAGAAAUGAGAACACCAGUUAAAUACCUGAACAUCACGAGACUCACAGAAUACCGAAGAGAUGCACACACGUCUGUGUACACCAGCAGGCAAGGGAAGCUCUUGACUGUCGAACAGAGAAGUCAGCCAAGAAACUUCGCUGACUGCAGCCACUGGUGCCUUCCCGGAGUACCUGAUACCUGGAACCUACUGCUAUAUGCCUCCAUCAUUGGAACACCCUCUCUGGUAUUAUAGUUCUUUUCUGUUGCAUUCUAAUUGCAAUACUGUGUCAUCUGAGCAUGAAUAUAUUUAUUGUAAACAACACACAUUGUCUUGUCAUUGAAGAAAAUAAGCAGAAUAAAUAAAAUCUGUGCUUUCGCUGUAGAAAUUUUUUCCAGUGAAUAUUCUUGAUCCAACCGCUCAUAAAUUGGCAUGUUUCCAUGCCUUUAGUUAGCUGUCCAGGUUACAAGUUUCUUAUGAAUUUUCAUUUUCACUACUGUUUUGCUAAAUUACCCGUGUAGAAUAUGCUUAUG